AUGUUGGUCUUCAAUCUGUUCUCUAAGUGGUCAGCAUUUAUCCACUUCGUGACGGCUGGGCCUAUUCUCCCUUCUCUCGUUAGUGAUCAGCAGACAGCAUUGAUCAAUAUUGUGAUAACUGCUAUUCUAUCCAACUACAAGUUCUAUGUCGAAGGGAACGUACCAAGCCUUCUUUUGUGCUCAACAGUGACCAUGUUCGGCAUUGUACUCUCCUCCUUUGCCAUUUGCUAUGGAGGUCGGGGAGGUAGAGAAGUGCCAAUAUACCCGAAGUUGUUCACCACGACAAGUGUGCUGCUAAAACUGCUGGUCGACUCCAGCAAGUCUGUAAACGGCGACAGUAACACCCUUACAAUCUGGACUAUCCUCCAAGACACGUUCGGCAUUCAAUCCUUCAUUUUUUCGGCUACUGCCCUUUGGUUCAUUGCGUCUGGUACCCAAGUCCUGAGUCCUUUCGUGUCGAGCAGCUACCGUCUCAACACUGCAAAUAGAGGACCGCUCGCCGUCUCCGUUCUCUUUUGGAUGGGAUUUUAUUUAUUUAUUGCUGGUGCCUUCAUCACAAUAGCCAUUAGUCCCACAGAUUUGGGAGGUAUCGUUCUGGUGGCAUUCGUGGUAUUUGCCAUUUGUGUUGUCAAUCACUACUACAACUCCACCCAAGAGUUUGGUCGACAACAGCAGAGGCUUCCGUGA